UGAAGUACCCGCAACAUACAGGGUUGUGGGGGGCGUGGAUUUACCACUGCUUUUGAUUUCUUGGUGUUAUUUUUUUGUCUGUGUAAUAUCAUGACAUCGUAGGUAUCGAACCGGUUGGCCAGAUGUUUUAACGCAACGUUAGCGUUGUUCGUUAACUUGUCGUUUUCUUCUUCAUGUUGCUAGUUUUGGGGCGUAGCACUAGCUAGAGGCUAGCUAGCUAGCCAGGUUUAGCUGAGCUUUUUUGUAGCUAACAGUUCUCUGAAGGACAACAGCCUUAAUCUUUAACAAAGAAGACUUGGGUAAGAGUAGUACCAAUGUCACUCCAGAUUUACAUGUAAUGACAGAAGUAUUGGCACUUAUCCUGGGGCAUUAACAGCGUCGUUAACCGUUCACGUCCCUGCAGAUGAGUGGCCCUGAAAUCUGAUUGAGCCGGGGAGUUAGCAAAAACAUGUCCUGUAAGUCAACUAAAGUGGCUCCGAGUGUUGAUUUCGACCACAGCUGCUCUGACAGCGUGGAAUAUUUGACACUUAAUUUCGGCCCAUUUGAGACUGUUCAUCGCUGGAGAAGACUCCCUCCGUGCGAUGAGUUUGUUGGUGCAAGGCGCAGCAAGCACACUGUGGUGGCUUACAGAGAUGCAAUAUAUGUGUUCGGGGGAGAUAAUGGCAAAAACAUGCUGAAUGAUCUGCUUCGCUUUGAUGUGAAGGACUGUUCCUGGUGUCGAGCUUUCACCACUGGAACGCCACCUGCCCCCAGAUACCACCACUCAGCUGUGGUCUAUGGCAGCAGCAUGUUUGUAUUUGGGGGCUACACUGGAGACAUAUACUCAAAUUCAAACCUGAAAAAUAAAAAUGACCUUUUUGAGUACAAGUUUGCUACAGGACAGUGGACUGAAUGGAAAGUGGAGGGAAGCUUGCCAGUGGCCAGAUCUGCACAUGGGGCCACAGUCUACAGUGAUAAACUCUGGAUAUUUGCCGGUUAUGAUGGAAAUGCCAGGUUGAACGACAUGUGGACCAUCAGUCUGCAGGACCGAGAGCACGCGUGCUGGGAAGAGAUCGAUCAGAGUGGUGAAAUUCCCCCGUCUUGCUGCAACUUCCCUGUCGCCGUAUGCAGGGACAAGAUGUUUGUGUUUUCUGGACAGAGUGGAGCCAAAAUUACUAACAACCUCUUUCAGUUUGAGUUCCAAGGCCACAUGUGGACACGUAUACCAACCGAACAUUUGCUGCGUGGCUCUCCUCCACCUCCGCAGAGGCGCUAUGGACACACUAUGGUUGCCUUUGACCGGCACCUGUAUGUAUUUGGAGGUGCUGCUGACAACACACUGCCCAAUGAGCUGCACUGCUAUGAUGUUGACUCUCAGACCUGGGAGGUGAUCCAACCCAGCCAUGACAGUGAGAUGCCCAGUGGGAGGCUCUUCCAUGCUGCUGCUGUGAUUCUGGAUGCCAUGUACAUCUUUGGCGGGACUGUGGACAACAAUGUCCGCAGUGGGGAGAUGUACAGAUUCCAGUUUUCAUGCUACCCAAAGUGUACCCUCCAUGAGGAUUAUGGCAAACUGUGGGAGAACCGUCAGUUCUGUGAUGUGGAGUUUAUUCUGGGCGAGAGUGAAGAGAGAGUCUUGGGGCAUAUCGCCAUAGUGACUGCAAGAUGUCAGUGGUUGCGGAAGAAAAUCCUGCAGGCUCGAGAUAGGCAGCGACAGAAGACAAAACAGGAGAGCAGUGAGGAUGAAGGAGCAGCUGGAGGCUCAAAAGAUAUGCCAGCAGGCAACAGGCCAUCGGGCACACAGCCGCUGCUGGAGGUAUCCAUCAGAGAAGCGGAGGCUCAGCCUUUUGAAGUCUUAAUGCAGUUUCUCUACACAGACAAGAUCCAGUACCCUCGCAGAGGUCAUGUGCAGGAUGUUCUCCUGAUUAUGGAUGUGUACAAACUGGCCCUAAGCUUUAAGCUUUCCCGGCUGGAGCAGCUCUGUGUGCAGUACAUUGAAGCAUCAGUCGACCUGCAGAAUGUUCUCAGUGUCUGUGAAAAUGCCAACAAACUGCAGCUCGACCAGCUCAAGGAACAUUGCCUUAAUUUUGUGGUUAAGGAGUCACACUUUAACCAGGUUAUCAUGACGAAAGAGUUCGAGCAUCUCUCCACUCCCCUGAUAGUGGAGAUUGUGCGACGAAAGCAGCAGCCUCCUCCUAGGGUGUACUCUGACCAGCCUGUGGACAUCGGGACCUCCCUGGUGCAGGACAUGAAGGCCUACCUGGAGGGAAGCGGCUUUGAGUUUUGUGACAUUAUUCUGCUGUUAGAUGGUCACCCACGGCCUGCACACAAAGCCAUACUAGCAGCUCGGUCCAGUUACUUUGAGGCAAUGUUCCGCUCCUUCAUGCCCGUGGACGGUCAAGUAAAUAUAUCCAUUGGUGAGAUGGUCCCGAGUAAGCAGGCCUUUGAGUCGAUGCUGCGUUAUAUCUACUAUGGUGACGUGAACAUGCCUCCAGAGGAUUCCCUCUAUCUGUUUGCUGCACCAUAUUACUAUGGGUUUUCUAACAACAGGCUGCAGGCUUACUGCAAGCAGAAUCUCGAGAUGAACGUCACUGUGGAGAAUGUCUUGCAGAUUCUUGAGGCAGCUGACAAGACCCAGGCUCUGGACAUGAAGAAGCACUGUCUCCACAUUAUUGUCCACCAGUUCAUCAAGGUAUCCAAGCUCCCCAACCUGAGGUCUCUCAGCCAGCUGCUGUUGUUGGACAUCAUUGAGUCGCUAGCCACACACAUAUCAGACAAACAGUGUGCCGAGAUGUGCUCCGAUAUUUAGGACGGCUCUUUUCUACUCUUGCAGAAGCCAUACAUCCCUGCUCCACCUAAUCAUUCCUUGCAUGUGUCAUACCCCAUUCAACUGAUGCCUUUUAUCCACACUGUAUCGAGUUGCUAUUGUUGUUGUUGUUGUUGUUUGUCCCUCUGCAUCUCAGCGAGGAAUGAAAUCAGUGAAGGAACCAGAUUGUAGCUAGAAUUGUUAAAUAGUGUAAAAUUAUCUUUUCAUGUAUAACUCUGCUUUUAUUUAUUUUGUACAGACAGACCUUUUUUGCAAAGAGAUUAUUCUGCUCACUGUUGCUUUGGCUUUUUUUUUUUUGAUAAAUAUACAGGUUACUGUAUAUUUUCACAAGUGUGACAAUAGAAAUGGAUUCAAUUUCAUCAGAUGUAUCAUCUCAAUAAACCAUCACAUCUAUUAAAGUCGAAUGGGUUAUUUAUCUAAAUCUCUAUUCAUUUAAGUUUGUAUUAUUUACAUAUGUCUUUUGCGGUAAAGAAUCCAAAUCAUAUGAAAAUAAUUAUAAUAUAUCUCUGUGUUAAGUACUGUUGCUGGCACAUGUCUUUGUGAUAAUUCUUACCAUUAACAAAAUCUGUGUAUCCUACAAUACUGAACUUAGUAUUUAGUGAUAUUAUUCUGUUAUCAUGCACUUGAAGCCUUAAUAAAUCUCUUACAGAAUGA